ACCAAAUCUCUCUCUCUCUUCAUUCUCAAAUUUCACAACUUUCUUGUGAUUUCUCUAAUAUGGAAGCUGUGAGUAGUGUUGAUGAGAGCUCAACAAGUACAGUUUCCAUCCACACUCCGGCUAAGAUUACACCGCCGCCGAAGACGGCGAAGUCGUCAUCUCCGGCGAGUUUAUACAGAAUGGGAAGCGGUUCAAGCGUGGUUCUCGAUUCCCAGAACGGCGUCGAAGCAGAAUCAAGAAAGCUCCCGUCGUCAAAAUUCAAAGGCGUCGUCCCUCAGCCAAACGGAAGAUGGGGAGCUCAGAUAUACGAGAAGCACAAGCGCGUUUGGCUCGGGACAUUCAACGAAGAAGAAGAAGCGGCGCGUGUCUACGACGUCGCCGCUCACCGUUUCCGCGGCUCUGACGCCGUCACUAAUUUCAAACCAGACACGACGUUCCGUAACGGUGAAGGUGACGGAGACGAAGUAAAGUUCUUAAACGCACAUUCGAAAUAUGAGAUCGUUGAUAUGUUGAGGAAACACACUUACAAAGAAGAGUUAGAGCAGAGGAAACGCAAACGUAACGGUGGUAACGGAGACACGGAAGAGACGGCGUUUGCUAACGUUACGGUUGUGACGGGGUUUAAAACGGCGGAGUGUCUGUUUGAGAAAACGGUAACGCCGAGUGACGUCGGGAAGCUAAACCGUUUAGUGAUACCGAAACACCAAGCGGAGAAACAUUUUCCGUUACCGUUAACCGGCGACGUCUCCGUGAGAGGGACGCUGUUGAAUUUCGAAGACGUUAACGGGAAAGUGUGGAGGUUCCGUUACUCGUAUUGGAACAGUAGUCAAAGCUACGUGUUGACUAAAGGUUGGAGCAGGUUCGUUAAAGAGAAGAGACUCUGUGCCGGUGAUUUGAUCAGUUUUAAAAGAUCUAACGGUCAGGAUCAACAGUUGUAUAUUGUGUGGAAGUCAAAGGCUGGGUUGGAACAGGAUACGGGCCGGGUUGUAGUGAGAUUGUUCGGCGUUGACAUUGCUUCGGUUAAGUCUCGAAACGAUGUCGUAAUGAAGGAAGAAACGGAGAUGUCGUUGAGUAGUAAUAAGAAGCAACGCCUUGUAACUACAAUUUAACAACUCUCUUUCUUUGUUUUUUUCCUUGUAAUUUCUUGGGAAAAAAUUAAUUAUUUCUGUCAAAUACUUCAGAGCCAAGUGAGUA